AUGCACAUCAUCCAGUUCGCAUCGAACUAUGCCAUUCCCGCCCACUCCGUCCCGUCCGCCAUUUCGGUCGGUGGGCUUAGCUCUCCCGGCUCCCGAAAUAAACCGUCACCUCAUUUCGUUCCGUACGGAUACCGGGCGACGCGUAUACUUCGUACAAAGCUUGUGCCAGCGCGUCCAGAGUACGUGCGUUCUCUUCAAAGCAUAACGGUUAAUAUCAAUAAGGCAUUCAAAGUCAAGCCCCCCUACACGUCCGUCAACACGGACGGUGCCUGGCCCGAAGACUACGUUAUUGCUCCUAAUUCUGAUGCCCCGUCGCCCCAGCAAUGCAAGACGGACGUUCAGGCAAUGGGCAUUGACCAGCCAGCCCUGGAGCCGCCCUUCCAAGUUCUGGGUCAAUGGCGAACGUGCCCAUUUGUUGUCCUCUUUUGUCGUUGCAAGUUGCGCCUCGUCAGCGCUUCGUGCUCUCGUGCUGGGCGUAGUAAAGACGGAGACAACGCUGGGAUCGUUCCCGCCCUCCGUCUCCGUCUCGUCUCAUCAACCACGCAGCAACACACGCACGCCGCGUCUGCUCGCUCAGCCCUGAAAGGCACACGCAAACAUGGCGCUUUACUUCAUGCAUUCACAGAUCCUAUGCACUUGCCUUGGUCGGGCCAUCCCGGCUUGUCUGCCCUCUGUCUGCGGCUCCUUGCAACCCUGCAGCCAACUCUAUCUAUCCCACGUCUUCCCGAUCACAUCGCUGAACCACAGUAG